AAGCAGCACCACGUGAAUAGCCACCUGAUCACCUAAUCGUCGCGUGUGUGCAACGAAUUAUCACCUCUCCUUUGAAAUUGUUUGUUAUGAAGUGCUAACAAGUACUCGAUAGUGUUUUUCUAAUUAACGAUUUUAUCUUAUUUUUUGACACAGUUAUUUUCUUCAUAAGCAUCAUUCUCGCGACGGAGUUCUUAUCAGACUGUCGGCGGAGUUGUGGCAGUGCGCGAGGAAAAUAUUUUUGUUCAGAGGAGCAUCGAACUCGGUGUCACCCGAUGGGUUAAGUUGAAUGGGAUCUGCAGGAAGUGACUAAACCGACGACGAAGACACGACGAAGAUGGCCGAGGGAGGGAAGCUGCAGGUCCCGCAGGACAAGGAGCGCUUCGGACUGGGCUACCAGAACACGGUGAUGUAUGGCCGAUACAGUCGGCAGCUGGGGGAAUUCGCCAAAUUGGAAGGUCUGAGACAAGCCGAGAAACGAAGACUGAAGGAAGAAAAAGCUCGCAAGAAGGAGCUGAGAGGAUACCAAGGUAAGCUGGCCAAAGCUGUGUCGUUCCUAUGGAAGCACACAUUCGCCCGUCUGGGCGAAGACUGGGUAUUUUUGGCCCUGCUGGGUGUCAUCAUGGCCAUCCUUAGCUUCAUUAUGGACAGAGGGAUUUCGCUGUGCAAUUGGGCGAGGAUUUGGUUGUUCAACGACUUGCAUGGACAACCGUUUGCCCAAUAUGCGGCCUGGAUUUCUUUGCCUGUGUGUCUCACGCUGUUUAGUGCCGGAUUUGCACAUCUGGUGGCUCCACAGUCGAUAGGUUCGGGCAUCCCCGAAAUGAAAACUAUUCUCCGCGGGGUCGCCCUCAAGGAAUAUCUGACUUUCCGCACCCUCGUGGCCAAGGUGGUGGGCCUCACGGCCACCCUCGGCAGCGGCAUGCCCCUCGGUAAAGAAGGCCCCUUCGUCCACAUCGCCAGCAUCUCCGCCACCCUGCUCAGUAAGCUCGUCACCGGCUUUCAGGGCAUCUACGAGAACGAGAGCCGCACCACCGAGAUGCUCGCCGCCGCCUGCGCCGUGGGGGUGGGCAGCUGCUUCGCGGCGCCCGUGGGCGGCGUCCUCUUCAGCAUCGAGGUCACCACCGUGUACUUCGCCGUGCGCAACUACUGGCGCGGGUUCUUCGCCGCCGUCUGCGGCGCCACCAUCUUCCGGCUGUUGGCGGUGUGGUUCGACGGCGCCGACACCGUCACAGCCCUCUUCAAGACCAACUUCCAGAUGGAGUUCCCGUUCGACCCGCAGGAGCUGUUCGUGUACGCGCUCAUGGGGGCCAUCUGCGGGCUGGGGGGCGCCUUCUACGUGUGGGUGCACCGACAGUACGUAAUGUUCAUGCGUAAUAGCAAGACCAUCAACCGUUUCUUGCAGAAAAAUCGGUUCCUAUAUCCGGCCAUCGUGAGUCUGCUGGUGUCGACGGUGUCGUUCCCGCUGGGCACCGGGAUGUACUUCGCGGGGGACUUGACCACGCAUCAGCAGGUCAUGAACUUCUUUAGCAACUUCACGUGGACGCACGAGAAUUUGACGGCCGACCAGCACAGCAUGGUGAAGCACUGGCAGACGCCGCACUCGGGGGUCUUCGUCAGCUUGAUCUGCUACGUCGCUUACACGUUCAUCUUCAGCAUCAUCUGCUCCACCGUGCCCGUCCCCAGCGGCAGCUUCACCCCCGUCUUCAAGAUCGGCGCCGGCUUCGGCCGCCUCGUCGGCGAGCUCAUGCACGUGUGGUUCCCCAGCGGCAUGCGCUACGGCGGCCAGAUCGCCGCCAUCAUCCCCGGCGGCUACGCCACCGUGGGCGCGGCCGCCUUCAGCGGCUCCGUCACCCACACCAUCUCCGUGUCUGUGAUAGUGUUCGAGAUGACCGGCCAAAUCACCCACAUCAUCCCCAUCAUGAUCGCCGUCCUCAUCUCCAACGCCAUCGCCAGCUUGCUGGCGCCCAGCAUCUACGACUCCAUCAUCCUGAUCAAGAAGCUCCCGUACCUGCCCGACCUGCUGCCAAGCAGCAGCGGCAUGUACAACGUCUACGUGGAGGACUUCAUGGUGCGCGACGUCAAGUACAUCUUCAACAACAUGACGUACGAGCAGCUGAAGACGCUCCUGAAGGAUAACCGCAGGCUGCAGAGUUUCCCUUUGGUGGACAACCACGAGAAUAUGGUGCUUUUGGGGUCAAUACCGCGGCUGCAGCUGAUCCAGUUGAUUGAGAGACACAUAGGGAGAGAGAGGAGGCUUCAGGUGGCGGCGAUCAGACAACGGGAGGCAGAGGAAAGGGCGAGGGAAGAAGCGGAAAAACGAGCAGAAGAAAGGAAAAGAAGACCGUCUAGGUUUCAAGUGGUUCCGGCACCUGACGUUCUUGGUGUCAAACAAAUGUCUGAAAAUCAACUCAACGUGGACAAACCUACAUUCAACCCAGUUUUUGGCACCCAACCCAAGAAGUCCAUUUUGAAGAAGACCAACUCUUUUACAUUGAAAGGGUUCAGUCCCUUCAUGUCCACAAGUCCCGGAUCUACCCCCUACACCACUGUGACCGGAGCGGAAAGUAGAAUUCGGAUCGCUUUUGAGGCAAUUUUCCGCAAGUCUGCGCAACUCCAAGACGUGGAAAACAACGAAAGCUCACCUGUUUUGAGCACUCCUGGAGGAUCAAUGGACAAUAAAGUCCAAAUCAUCCCAAUGAGUCCCACCACAUCGAAAAAAGUACAACUGCCCCGCGAGCGCGUCUGCGACAUGUCCCCCGAGGACCAGCGCACCUGGGAGGAGGAGCAAAUGCAGCUUCCCGUCGACUUCUCCUCCUGCCACAUCGACCCCGCCCCGUUCCAGCUGGUCGAGAGGACGUCCCUCCUCAAAGUCCACUCCCUCUUCUCCAUGGUGGGGGUGAACCACGCCUACGUGACCGCCAUCGGGAAGCUGGUGGGGGUGGUCGGUUUAAAAGACCUCCGUAAGGCCAUCGAGGACGCCAACAGCGGCAACCUGCCGCCGCAUGGUGUCGAAACGAACUCAAAUGGUAACGUCGGUACCAUCAAUAGUGAUAAUGGUGAUUCGGACAACGAGGCGGCCCAGACGCUGGUUUCGAAAGUAUAGGUGCAUACGUAAGAGUUGUGAUAACUGAUAAGGACUAAUUUUUAUUUGUUGAUUGUGAUAGAAGAAGCGAUGUUUAUUUAAUUGUAAGUAAUUUAAAGAGAUGAUAUUAAUGAUAAUAAAGUUUAUGACAGUAGA